GAAUAGAAAAGGGAUAAUCCUUCCGUAGAAGGCAACAGCAGAAAAGACAAAGCAGGUGAUCGAGAGGGCCUUGCGGCGGCGGAGUAGAAUAAGGGUUUCUGAUCUUGGUCGGCGGCGGCAGGCAGGUAGCGGAGAUGGAUCCGGACGCGGUGGCGAAGGCGUUCGUGGAGCACUACUACCGGACGUUCGACUCGAACAGGGCGGGUCUGGCGAACCUUUACCAAGACGGGUCGAUGCUGACCUUCGAGGGGGCCAAGACCCAGGGAGCCCAGGCCAUCGCCGCCAAGCUCGCCUCCCUCCCCUUCCAGCAGUGCAUGCACAACAUCUCCACCGUCGACUGCCAGCCCUCCGGUCCCGCAGGCGGCAUGGUCGUCUUCGUAAGCGGCUCCCUCCAGCUCGCCGGCGAGCAGCACCCCCUCAAGUUCAGCCAGAUGUUCCAUUUGAUGCCAACACCACAAGGAAGCUUCUAUGUGUUGAAUGACAUCUUCCGGUUGAACUAUGCCUGAGUAUUCUUCCAAAAAUCUGGGAAGGUGGUUGUGGUUGGAAUACCAGAAACACUAUGACAUUAUUCUGGGUUGUGAGUUUCCUGUCAAAAGAAGAUUGUUCUUUUGUUUGAUAGAUUGCUUUCCUUUAUUUGAAUGGCUUGGCAAGGAAGCAUGUUGAACCAAUUUCAAGAUUUACUGGAUUUGGACUGAUCAUUUUUUUUAUCAUGUAUUGUUCGUUUUAAUUUUUAUGUUGAGUUGCGAGCUGUUGCUUUUGUCA